CCCCUGGCUUUGCCUCCCGUUGCUGCCGCCGCCGCCGCCGCCGCCGCCGCCGCCGCCGCCGCCGUUGCUGCUGCUGCCGCUUCCCGCGGCCUGGGCCUCCCGCCGACAGAAUGCCACACGCCUUUAAGCCCGGGGACUUGGUGUUCGCCAAGAUGAAGGGCUACCCACACUGGCCGGCCCGGAUUGAUGACAUCGCCGACGGUGCCGUGAAGCCCCCACCCAACAAGUACCCCAUCUUCUUCUUUGGUACACACGAAACAGCCUUCCUGGGACCCAAGGACCUGUUCCCCUACGACAAAUGUAAAGAUAAGUACGGGAAACCCAACAAGAGGAAAGGCUUCAAUGAGGGACUGUGGGAGAUCCAGAACAACCCCCACGCCAGCUACAGCGCUCCUCCGCCGGUGAGUUCCUCUGACAGCGAGGCACCUGAAGUCAACCCUGCAGGUGGGAGUGAGGCCGACGAGGAUGAUGACCGGGGGGUCAUGGCUGUCACAGCUGUGACUGCUGCAGCUGCCAGCGACAGGAUGGAGAGUGACUCGGAUUCGGACAAGAGCAGCGACAACAGCGGCUUGAAGCGGAAGACGUCGGCUCUGAAGAUGUCAGUCUCGAAACGAGUUCGAAAGGCCUCCAGUGACCUGGAUCAAGCCAGUGUGUCACCAUCUGAAGAGGAGAACUCGGAAAGCUCAUCUGAGUCACAGAAAACCAGUGACCAGGACUUCACCCCUGAGAAGAAAGCCGUGGUUCGGGUGCCUCGGCGGGGCCCCCUGGGAGGGCGGAAGAAAAAGAAGGUACCAUCAGCCUCCGACUCAGACUCCAAAGCAGAUUCAGAUGGGGUCAAGAAUGAACCAGUGGCCGUGGCGAGGUCAGCGUCCUCGUCCUCGUCCUCGUCCUCUGAUUCGGAUGUGUCUGUCAAGAAACCUCCUCGGGGCAGGAAGCCAGCUGAGAAGCCUCCCCCUAAGCCCCGAGGGAGGAAGCCAAAGCCUGAACGGCCCCCAUCCAGCUCAAGCAGUGACAGCGACAGCGACGAGGUGGACCGCAUCAGUGAGUGGAAGCGGCGGGACGAGGCCCGGAGGCGGGAGCUGGAGGCUCGGCGGCGCCGCGAGCAGGAGGAGGAGCUGCGGCGGCUGCGGGAGGCAGAGAAGGAGGAGAAGGAACGGCGGCGGGAGCGGGCUGAGCGUGGGGCCAGCGGCGCCAGCAGUGGCGAAGAGCUCAGGGAUGACGAUGAGCCCGUCAAGAAGCGGGGGCGCAAGGGCCGGAGCCGGGGACCCCCAUCCUCCUCUGACUCAGAGCCCGAUACUGAGCUGGAGAGAGAGGCAAAGAAAUCAGCUAAGAAGUCACAGCUGCAGAGCACAGAGCCCAUGAGGAAAUCCAGCCAGAAGGAGAGGAGGGGGCGGUCUGAGGAGAAGCUCCGAACCAAGCCCACAAAGGUGGAACGAACCCGGAAACGGUCCGAAGGGUUCCUACUGGACAGGAAGGUGGAGAAGAAGAAAGAACCUUCAGUGGAAGAAAAGCUUCAGAAGCUGCACAGCGAGAUCAAGUUUGCUCUGAAGGUCGACAACCCGGAUGUGAAGAGGUGUCUGAACGCACUAGAGGAGCUAGGAACCCUUCAGGUGACCUCUCAGAUCCUGCAGAAGAACACAGAUGUGGUGGCCACAUUGAAGAAGAUUCGCCGUUACAAAGCCAACAAGGACGUGAUGGAGAAAGCGGCAGAAGUUUACACUCGGCUCAAGUCGCGGGUCCUGGGACCGAAGAUUGAGGCAAUCCAGAAAGCAAACAAGGCCGGGAUGGAGAAGGAGAAGGCUGAGACAGAGAAGGCCGAGGAGAAACUGGCUGGGGAGGAGGCCCCCAAAGAGCAGGCAGAGGACGAGCCGAGCACUGAUCUCUCAGCCCCAGUGAACGGUGAGGCCACAUCCCAAAAGGAGGAGAACAUGGAGGACAAGGAGCAUGAGGAUGGGCAGGACUCAGAAGAGGGGCCGAGGUGUGGCUCCUCUGAAGACCUGCACAACGACAGCAGCCUGCGGGAGGGCCCCGACCUGGACAGGCCUGGGAAUGAUCGGCAGGAGUGUGAGAGGGUGCGGAUGGACUCGGAGUCCUUGGAUGAGGAGAGCUGAGCCCCCGGCUGUGCUCAGGCACAAUGUAGAUGUCUGUAGACCUGUCCCGAUUCCCUCCCCAGCCUCCUAGGAGAGCAGUGAACUUUUGGGGAAACGCUGUGCUGUUUGUUUGUAUUUGUUCCCUUGGGUUUUUUUUCCUGCCUAAUUUCUGUGAUUUCUGACCGACAUGAAAUGACUAUAAAGGGUUUUUUAAUGAAAAAAGAA